AUGACGUCUGCUCACAAAAUAUCCAUUGUUCCACCACUUCCGUCUUUUGAACCGGCAAGCUAUGAACCAUUUGACCCGAUUGUCGAUGCCACUCUAGACCAGAUAUUGAGUGAACAGAAAAUGAUUGAAUCGUCCAUGUCAAUGGAGGAUGAUUGGCUGGAAAACAGCAGGUAUCUUAAUAGAAGUAGCUCCGGCUCACCAUGUCUUCCAACCUCUCACCAAGCUACUGUCGUGAAAACGACUGCCAAAAAGUCCCCACCCUCCAGCUUUGAUCUUCCUCCACAAACCAAAUCGAGACGAUAUCGGCCAGCAAAACGGAAUAUCACGAUUGUUGAUUUUGUUGAAGACCCAGAGUCUGUUCCAGAAACAGACUAUUCUCAGACUGAUGAUGUGACUGUGAAGAAGACUAUUGCUGAUGAGGUGAUCGCAGUGGGAAAGGAUUCUCAAGUGAGAGAUCAGAAUACAGAAAUCUUUUUGGAGACACUAUCUAUCACAAACCAAGUCGGUUCCGAAGCCGGGAAAGAGGAGAUCGUUAAAAGCAACUCGGUACCUGCUUCUCAGAUCACUGACGUGACUAUAGCCAUUGACGGCCGCGAUGAACAACGGAGCCCAGCAAGUAGUGGAUUCCAGGACGACGCUCAAAUCAAAAGGAAUAUGAAUGAGCAUGCAGGAGACAAUAUCAAUGCUGUUUCUGAGCCAGAAGAUCCCGACUUGACUGAGCAAGAUACAAUAUUUGCUUCUGUAGACCAGUCUAUAGAGGACAAGGUUCUUCACUUUGUUGCAUCUCACCCCUUCAUGAAGUCACCUGUACAGCCGGUAUCACGAGCCGCUCGACAUGCCUUCACUCGAAGCCUUCGCGAAAAGGCUUAUAUGUCAGGCAUGAAACAUCACGAAGGAAUCAUGUUGAUUGGAUAUGUGCGACGUAUUUACCUUGAGCUAGCAGGCGCUCCAGUUGAGCCCGUGACGGCAAGUUCCGAAGAUCCUUGCUUCGGAAAAGAAUAUGAUGAAGAAGAGAGCUCGCCACAGCGAAGCCGCAAAAGGAUUCUUAGUGACACGGAGAACACGGUUUCUAGGAAACGCAGCAAGGGGAAACUACACUCCUCCGAAGGUUUGAACAUAGCACAGCAGCCUGCUGAAGAGACUGAUUCUUUGCAGGAGCAAAUUGGUAAACCAGCAUCGCCAGUUCCUAGUCAAGAAAAAAUUCAACGCCUUCACGAUGGAGUCCGAAUCGCCAAAAGCACCGAAUCUCCUUCCAGUGCCCUCAAGGUAUGUCGGGAGAAUAAUGACAGCUUUCAAGACCAAUCUGUCGUCAUUGAUUUGACAUCUCUCCCUGACGGACUGACUCCUCCUAUUCCUGAUGAUCCACUCUCUGAAUCAGAUUACAAGCUGCCAAUUGGACUCGGUGAUAGAGCAGCCGAUUACUCGCACACUCGCGAGGUCUCUCUUAACCCUAAACUUGAAGUUCACAAAAGCCCGUGGUCAGCUAAAAACAAGGUAGAAACAGAGCGACAAACAGAAUCAGUGUUUGUGCCGGAGGCAUCUCAGAAAACCGUGGACGGAAGAGCAUCCAAAUCAAAAGAAUUGCCAGUUCCAGUUCCUUGUGCCUUCUCGUCCAAAAAGUCCAAGCGAAAACAUCGCACUGAGGAUAAGAAGAAAAAAAGGAGCAAAGAAGGCAGAUCGGCGAUUGAGCUUGAAAUUGGUACCACAUCCAAUCCAGCUCAUCAACCACUUCAAAAUCCCGAGCUGCGUCAUCUCUCCAAUGUGAUCCCAAAACAAAGAAUAUCAAAAUCACAAUCUAAGCUUUCUUCAUUCAAUUCAAGGAGAUUGGACUCGGAUUUUUGA